AUGAGAGCUAAAAAUAUUGUUUUAUUACUUGCCACAUUUUUACUAAGUGUCCUAGCAGAGGAGCAAAUGGAUGGAGAAAUUUCGUCAGUGGCCCAAAGAGACUUAAAGCUAACUCCUUUUAAUUUGUCAGCUUUAAUCUUAGUUUCUUUGUCUACUAUGUUGAUCAUUUUUAUUGUUGGAUUGACUAUGGACACAGACACUCCAACCAGGUUUGAAGAAAAGAUGCCACCUAUUAUGAAGGAAUAUUAA